CAUGGGGGCGGCGGGCGGGCGGACCGGCUUUUAUGUGGGGCUGGGCCUGGCCUUGGCUUCCAGCGCCUUCAUCGGCAGCAGCUUCAUCCUCAAGAAGAAGGGGCUGCUCCGGAUCUGCCGCCGCGGCCGCGUCAGGGCAGGGCAAGGAGGUCACGCGUACCUGCAGGAAUGGCUUUGGUGGGCAGGGCUGCUGUGCAUGGGAGUUGGAGAAGCAGCAAAUUUUGCUGCCUAUGCCUUUGCCCCUGCAACGCUGGUGACUCCACUGGGUGCUCUAAGUGUCCUUGUUAGUGCAGUUCUGUCCUCCACCUUCCUGAAUGAGCAGCUGAAUGUUCAUGGGAAGAUUGGCUGCCUCCUCAGUAUCCUGGGCUCCACGGUGAUGGUGAUCCAUGCUCCGCAGGAAGAAGAGGUUUCCAGCCUGGAGUCAAUGGCAGAGAAGCUGAAAGAUCCAGGAUUCAUUGUAUUUGCUGUGUGUGUCCUGGUGAGCUCCCUUCUGCUUAUCUUCGUGGCUGGACCCCGUUACGGACAGAGCAACGUCCUGGUUUAUGUUUUGGUCUGCUCGGCCAUCGGCUCCCUUUCUGUGUCCUGUGUCAAAGGCUUGGGCAUUGCCCUGAAGGAACUGUUUUCCGGGAAGCCAGUCCUGAAAGAACCACUGGGCUGGGUGCUCCUGGUGUGCCUGGUGAUCUGCAUCAGCGUCCAGAUCAACUAUCUGAACAAAGCUUUGGACAUCUUCAACACAUCCGUGGUCACGCCCGUUUACUACGUGCUCUUCACCACAUCGGUCAUGACGUGCUCUGCCAUCCUCUUCAAGGAGUGGCAACACAUGGUGCUAGACAACAUUAUCGGCACCAUCAGUGGCUUCCUCACCAUCGUGUCCGGCAUCUUCCUCCUCCACGCUUUCAGAGACAUGCCCUUCACCCCAGACCUCCUGCCCCUUUUCCUGCAGCAAGGCAGGACAGACCCACGCACCUCAUGGAGGAGUGCAGACAGGCAUCAGUCAUGUCAGCACCAGCCUCUCCUGCCCUCAGAGGACAAAAGCUCUCAGAGCGCAGAGGAGGAAGAGGAGGAGGAAGGUGAAAGCAUGUGAGGAAGCCUCUGAACUGCUAGCUUUCUGCUCCCACUGUGAGGUUGGACAUGCUGCCUCAGCUGCUGCUGCACUAGCAGGAGAUAGCAGUGACCAUCUACCUGCCCCAGGCGUGGGAUGGGUGACCUGCUGCUGCCACGGGCUGACAGGGACAGCGGUUUCCUGCGACAGGAGCCCUGGGAACAGCUCAUGUCCUGGGAUCUGGUGCCUCUUUGCUGUUCUUUUACAUGAAGAAUUGAUCUGCCCUCAUCAGGAUGGAGGCUUCGGCGGCGCAGAGGCCCUCAGCACUAACACAGGGCUAACCCUCACUGAAUGCGAAGAACACGCAUUUGGGGACGCCUCACAGCCUUUUUAAAAAAAUAUACUUAGAAGAUUAACAGUUACAAAAUAAUCUAACAUGGUGCUAAGGUUACACAGAGAGAAGAUGAAUGUCUGGCUUUAAAGAUGACACACCCAGAGUAUUAAUUCAAAAAUUCCUCUGUCAAGUACUGGUUUUGCUCACUCUGCUAGAAUUUAUUUACAGAUUCACAUCCGAGAACAGAAUACAGCCAAAACUGGAAAACUUCAGUGGUGCUGCCACGUGGUGCCGUGGCUCUUACAGAGGGACCAACCUCUUCACCCAUCAUCUGCAGUGCGGGUUGAUUAAGUACCUGCUUAAUAUUCUAUUAAAACCCAAUUUGUUCAGUUAC